GGCCCCACAAGUCCCGAAUAUAUGCGCGCUGAAGCCUCGUAUCGUUGCUAAAUUCAUUCGCAGCCACAAACAAACCCUAAACCCCUAAACCGCCGCCGCCGCCGCCGCCGCCGCCAUGGCCAAAAAGAAAUCUGCCACCGUCAAUGGCAACGGUAACCACGCCGCCGCAGAGGAAGUGCCGCCGGCGAAGGCCGCGGAGGACCGGAAGGCAGAGCAGCUGAAGGCGCUGAACACCAUGCUCCUCAAGGAGGCGACGGAGCGGCGCGGUCAGGUGGCGGCGCUCACAGCGCGCCUUGACGAGCUCUCCGCCGACGACGUCGCGCUGUCCGCCGCCGAGCGCGUGGUGGCGCAGGCCGCCCUCGCCGCGCCACUCCGCGCGGCCGCCGACGAGGUCGCCGCGCUCCGUGCCUGCCUCGCCGCCGUCCAGGGUUCGCUCCGGGACGCAGAGGCGCGGGCGGCUCUGGAGGAGAGCGCCAGGGGCGAGGCCGACGCGCGGCUCGAGGAGGCUGCCGCGGAGAGCACGCGGUCGAUGAAGCUGCUCCGGGAGAAGGAAGCGGAGGUGGCGGCCGUGUCCAGCAAGGUUGCCCGAUUGGAGGCCCUUGUGGCGGAGCUAGAGGGCAAGAACUCUGAAUUUUUUGGUGAGAAGGGUGAGCUGGCGGAGAAAUUGGGGGAGGCCAAGGAGGCGGUUCGGAUUGUGUCGAGUGAAAAGGCGGAGGUGGAGAGGAGCCUGCAGGACUUCAGGAAGGCGGCUGAGGCUUAUCGGGUGGACAUGGAGGGAAAAUUGAAGGCAAAGUUGGAUGAAUUGAAGGUGUUGGGUGCCGAGAAGGCGGAGAUUGAGGCCAGAGUAGAGUCAUUGGAGGCGAAGCUGGUGGCUGCAAUGGUUGACAAGAGGGAACUGCAGGCUGAGGUGGCGGCAAAGAAGAAGGAGUCUGGUUUGGUGAAGGGAGAAAAUGAUAAGCUUCAGUCUGAGGUUGUGGCUGCUGAGAAGAAGCACAACUUUGCUGUCGCAGAGGUUAAAAGUCUCAGGAUGGAAUUGGCCACGUUGCUGGCUGAGAAUGAGGCUGCUGCUAAGGCAUUUGAUGCUGAGAAGGCUAGACUUUUGGGCGAGUUGGAGAGCCUGAAGAGGAAGUUGGAGGAAAUCCAGGCAGACAAGGAAGUAGCUGAGGUAACAACCCGUGAGAAGGAUGCUCAGGCCAUUAAGUUGAGGGCCAAAUUGGAGGAGCUCCACAGUUCCAUGUCCCAACUUCAAGCUUCCUGCAAUGAUCUUGAUAUGAAGUGUUCACGCCUGCAUGAUGAGAAGAAUUCAGUUCUGAAGGCUCUGGACACUCAGAAGGCUGAAGCAGUAAAGCUGAGGUCAAAAAUUGAGGAGCUCGAGAAGUGCAGUGGGAAGAAAGAUGAUGACAUUGGGAAGUUGAAUGCAGCAUUGGAGGAAAAGAAGGGGAAGAUCAAUAACCUGAGCAAGGAUAUCGAGCUACUGCAACUCACAGUGGCUGAGGCGGAGAAAAGAAGGAAGGGUGGCAUCUGGACAUGGUUGUAUGCUGCUACCACAACAGUGGUGGCUGCCAUCUCCUUCAUUUAUGCCUCCAGGUCUCAUUGAAGGACUGCACAUUUCAUUUUUAAUGUUCUGCAUUCCAUUUGCACCUUAAGUCCGUAAAACUUGAAAUGAUCAUGUUGCCAUCCUGUUGUUGCUACUUAAUGAAUCAGCUGGUUAUGAAAUGAAGUUUAACCUUUGCUUA